AUGAUUUCUAUUUAACCAGAAGGUUCAAAACCUUAGAAAUUUUAAGGAGGUCGAAUUCAUUUAAGACCUAUUGAUAGCAUAGGUAGAGAUUUUGAUUUAGGAAAUAUUGAAACAAAAGGAAGAAGACAUUUUUCAUUUGAUCCAACACCUGUUAUGCAAUAUAAAUCUCAAUUAAGGGUUGGUUUUCCUAAAAAUGUAACGAAUCCUGAAAUUUUAUUUACUUAUAAGAGUUAAGGUGGGCCUGAUAAAUUAACUUAUAUGCCUCCAAUAAAAAAACAUAAAGAGUUUAUAUCUACAAUGAGAAAAACUGUCAUAAACAAAGAAGUAAUAAUAUGGAAUUAUUGUAGUAUGAAGAAUAAUAAACAGAAAAUCGAAGAAUGAUUGAAGAAUUAGAUGUUUGGGAGAAAAAGUUUAGAAAAUAAUGA